CAACCAUGCUGGGAUAAUCUGUUCAGCACAAGCACCAGCGUUGAUGCAUUAUUUAGUAACAGAUGAAAAAAAUGGCACAGGCCUCUGAAUACAAGGCAGUUCCUACCAAUGCAAAUGGAGAUGAAUCUUUUGUUAAUGAUGGAAACCGUGCAAAAGCUUCAGAGCUGAGUCAUGGUCCAACUUUUGGCAAAAGACAUCAACAGUUACUGAUGAUGUUCUUUGAAGUUGUCAUUUAUAACGCUGUUAAGCACAGUAUGGCAAUAUGUUUAGUGGCCAUGACCGAUCCAAACGCGAAUCCCAACAAACAAAUUCCAACCUACGAGUGGACAAACCAGAAUAUGAUUAUUUCGAUGUACCUAUGGGGAUACACAUUACCCCAAAUAGCGGCUGGAUGGAUCGUCACAACUUAUGGACCCAAAUGGUUCAUGGUUGGGGCAAUGAUGAUGUCUUCACUAUUGGGAUUGAUGAUUCCCACCACUGCAUCUCUGACUGGCGACGUAGGUGUCAUAGUUUGUAGAUUUCUCCAAGGAUGUUUUCAUGCAGUGAUGCCAACUGCAACAUACACUCUGUUGGGUAAAUGGUUACCUAUCAGUGAAAGAAGUAGAAUGAGUUCUCAUGUAUUCACAGGUUCGGCAAUCGGAACUGUGAUUUCUAUGUUGUUGAGUGGUUAUAUCGCGGGAAGUUCGUAUGGUUGGCCCAUGGUAUUCUAUGUGUUUAAUGGUUCAGGACUAGUAUGGGCCAUUAUUUUCUGUUUCAUCGGCAGUAAUUGUCCCGCCGAUCAUCCAACAAUCAGUAUGCAGGAAAAAACAUUCAUUGAAACAUAUUCGUUUUCUACCGAUAACAAGAAUUUAUCCACCCCUUGGAUUAAAAUUUUUACCUCAUCAUGUUUUUGGGCACUCGUACUAGCAGAAUUAUCAUUUAUCUGGGGUUAUUUCACAUUAGUUUCACAAAUUCCAGCUUACCUGAAUUACACAAUGAAAAUCAACAUAAAAUCGAAUGGUGUUUUGAGUUCCUUACCCUCAUUCGCUAAAUGGUUAUCAUCUUACAUUUUCAUUUACGUAGCGAAUUUAUUGAUUACCAAAAAUAUUUGUAGCAUUGGAAAAACCAGGAAGAUCAUGACAGUUCUGAGUAAGUUCAAUAAUGUGACAGUUCAACAACGAAUCAGUUUUGAUAUAGAAUCCCAAAAUUGAAUUUCACCAAUUUGAAUGUGGCCGACAUGUGUUUUUUUCA